UUUUGACAAUAUUACGUAAGAGGACAUUAGCUCGAAUUUCUCGCGAAAAGUCUAGAGAAAAUCCCUGCAAAAUUACUCAUGUCACACACUCACACGCGGACGGCUUGAUAUGAUAUUUGUUGCUCGCUGAAAGUUGCAAAUUGUAUGUUUUUAGUGCCGAUAGCGCUUAGAGAUCGUAUUUAUUUUAUUGAGCAUGGACUACAAGGAUGAGCAGGUCAACGAGAUCGAGGCUUUGGAGUCGAUUUAUUGCGGGGAAUUGGAGAUUUUAGCAACAGAGCCGUUUUACACAUUCGCUAUACCAAUCAAGACGGAGGAAUACGAGCCAGAAACUGGCAACGGUCUCGGUUGUCGAUUAGAAUUCACGUACACGUCCAAAUACCCGGACGAGCCGCUGCUCAUAUCAAUCACGGAGCAAGAGAAUCUCGAGGAUGGCGAUGAUGAGAAGUUCAAGGCACACUUGGCCGAACAGAUGAAUGAAAAUCUUGGAAUGGUAAUGGUUUUUACAUUGGUUAGCGCGGCUCAGGAGUGGCUUAAUGUACAGUGGGAUAAAAUAAAACUCAGGAGAGAAGAGACUGCGGCACAAAAGCUGAAAGAAGAAGAGGAGGCGGAAAGGAGACGAUUUGAGGGAACCCGUGUAACCGUGGAGUCUUUCCUAAGCUGGAAGGAGAAGUUCGACGAAGAAAUGGGCUACACAAAACGGAGAGAAUUGGCGGAUCGCGAGGGCAAGAAGUUAACAGGCAGGGAAUUAUUUAUGACCGACAAGACAUUGGAUCAGUCGGAUCUUAAAUUCUUAGAUGACGGUGAUGCUGUAAAGGUAGACGAGAGCUUGUUCCAAAAUCUGGAUGAUUUAGAUUUAGAUGAUGACGACGACGACCCAGACUAUGAUCCAAAUAUCUCGGAUGAUAGUGCCUAAACAAGUUUGAUUCAGUAGCUACCAAAGUGAUUUGUAGAACAAAUUGAACAGAGGUUUACUAAAUUAUUGCAAAGAGAAAGAAAAGGAAAAAAUAUAUGUACAGUCUUGAUUACAAGUAUGAAGCAUCUUUCCUCUCCUCAAAUUGACGUUUUAUCUAAAGAAAAAUAAAUUGAGAAACAGUUUUAUUGAAAAAUAAUAUUUAUUUUUGUAAUAUUUUUAAUAUUUUGUUAGUCUUUCUUUAGCUUUUAUUACCAUCUUUUUCUACAAAAAUGCAAUAAAUUGAGGGAUGCCUUAUAUUUAUGACCAAAGUUGUAUGUGUUGAAAGAUAUAUUUUAAGAAUUUCUCUUGCAAGAUGUAUCUAUCUAGUAAAAAAAAUGACAGUGGUAAAUGAAUCAUCAUGGUUGAAAUAAAAAACAUAUUUCUUCAA